AUGGGCCGUCAGUGCGGGGCCCCGGGGCGCGGCCCGGGGGAGAAGGGGCAGCGCGGGGAGCCGGGGGCGGCCAUGGGAGCGGGACGCGGGGCUCGAAUGUGGCCCCGCCCCGGCCGCUCGGCCGCCCCGCCCCGGCCCGCCUUCCUCAGCGCCGCCACCGCCCCGGCGAGCCGGGGGCCCGCCCGGCUGCGCGGCGAGGCCCGGGGGGCGGAGCCUGCGAGAGGGGGAUUUUCCUACGGCUCCCGCCGAAAGCGCAGCGGUGACGCCCAGCGGGACAGGUCUGGGCGGUGCGCCCGGCGCUUUCAAGUCCCCGGUCCCGGGCUUGCAAGUGCGGGCCUGCGCGCGGCUCGGCGGCGGCGGGAACGGCUGCCCUCGUGUGCCGACUCGCCGCGCCCAGAGCCGCGGCCUGUCCUGGCAUGUCUUGCCGUCGAAGAGAAUGCACGGAGAGGGAACCCCCAGCGACAAAGCCAAGGGCGGAGGAAGGCGAGCCUUCCUCCAUUCGGCAAAUAUUUGGCCAGGAACGCGUCGGGCGCUGAGAUCGCCGCUCCCAACGAGACAGGCCCACGCCUCCUGGAACUGGCAUUCAGUCAUCCAGUCUACGUGAGACGAGACCCCAGCCUCCUCACCUACGGGCUCCGCCAGUGUAUCUUACUGAACACGAGGUUCCAGGACUGCUACGUGGACUCGCCAGCUCUCACCAGCAGCUGGGCGAAUCAGAACAUCAACGCGCCAGCCCCAGGUACCGCCUCCUGCUGGGAAGUUGUCCAGGACCCGCUAAUUGCCAGUUCAUUCUCUUUGGUUAAGCUGGUGCUCAGGCGGCAACUGGAAGAUAAACGCUUCCCAGUACCAUGCAAGCUUGGAGAAGCGAAACCCAGGAGGAGAUUAAAGCCCAAGGACAAUUCGGUGACGAAAGUCACCCCGCGGGUCAGGAUAAGAAACUCCAUCCGUUCCAGAAGCAAGCAGCCAGCAGAGCGGCUGCCAAGUUCACGAGGGUGCAGGAGGCCUGCAGGAGGCAUUGGAGAGAGUAAAGAGAGUUCAAAGCAGAAACAGGCAGAGGUCCGCCAAGAUCUCCAGGACAGAUAUGCAGAGCAUGUGGCCGCCACCCAAGUGCUACCUCGGGACAGCCGGACGGCAGCCUGGAAGGGCUGGGCGCUGCUUCCAGAAGCCCAGAGGAGGCUGCCGCCGUCGGAGGACAUGCUGACCAUCCACGGCCUCCCCGCCGAGGGCUACCGGGCUCUGUACCACGCUGUGGUGGAACCCCUGCUGUGGAAUCCUUCGGGAACCCCCAAGAGGUACAGCCUGGAGCUGGGCAAGACCAUUAAGCAGAAGCUUUGGGAGGCCCUGUGCGGCCAGAGCACUGGCCCUGAAGGUGCGCACGAGGACCCGAUGCUGGGCAGGAAGUGGCUGGGUGUCCACGAGGAGCCUGGGCCCAAGAAGUGGCCCAAGUUAAAGUGCAAAAAAUAG